GCAACGGUCGCUACGUGGUGGUGGUGCUCUUCCGCCACCGUACGGACAUGGCCUCGCUCUCUCUCCGGCGCGCCGCCGUGCCUCCGCUUCGGUCCGCCGCCGUCAUCUCUUCGUCAGGCUCGACCGCCUAGAAAUGCACGCGGCUGGUGUUUGGAUAUGGGGAAAUUCAGGCCGUGCUCCAGAAGGAGGAGAACUUUGAUAUGUGCAGUCAGUAACGAUGCAGAAGAAGCUUUCAAAAAGACAGUAGAAAUUGACAGGUUGAUAGAUCUUCUGAGGCAUGCAAACCCACAGGAGGUUCAGCAAAUUGUUGGAGAGAACAUCCUGGCCUUUAAUGAGGGAUUCUGGAUAAGACUUGCUGCAAGAACCGAUACCUGCAAGUCAGAUGAUGAUAAAAAAGAUUACGAGGAAUUGGCUCUAUCUGUGAUGAGCAUAGUGGACCGCCUUGUCCAUAAAACUAAUGAAAAGAUAGAAUCUUCGACUGAUGUUCUCAAGGGAAUUUUAAAGCCUGUUGUUGAUGAAAAGGAAGAGAUUUCCUGGCCUCCUAGAGACCCUAAGGCUCUUAAAGCAAUGGAGGAAGAAGUAAUGCAAAGGGAGCAAGAAGGUCAACUAGAUGAGGGAUUCCUCUCUGAAGUUAAUGCUCAGUUAAGACAAGCAAAAGAAGAUGUAGACAAGCCCGGGCUUGUGGCUAUGCUACAGAAAGUCUUGCAACUUUAUGCUUCCAGAGUUCUCUCCAAGCGCAGUUAUGCCAAGAGAGGAAAUGAAGUGUUGAAGGCAGAGGAGUUCCUGGAGGUCCUUAUAAAAGCUCCAGAGGAAGAAUGGAAUAAGCUAUUGCUUGACGGCAUGACAGUUGGUAAAGGUAAUGUUUCACCGGAAGAUUUAUAUGCAGUCAUAAAGAAGCGGAUAGAGCGGACUUUGAUCCGAACAGAAGGAGGUUCUUACCAGCAGAGGGUCCUCACGGAGUAUCUAAAAGGCAUCCAAUCAAGAGCAGAGGAGAUCGUACAAGUAUUACAAGGAAGAACUAUAUAGUUCAUGUGCAGUAUAUAAGGUUUCUGGGGCGGUGCAUCAUCUGCACAUGAGCAUAGCUAAUCCUUGGUUCCACACAAGAAAGAAGAGUACAGCAAUUCAGAGCACUCUUAUUUGCUACGACGUUUCAUUCACGCUCGAAAAUCUGUGUGGAGCAGCCCGAUUCAUUUCGGAUGAGAAAGGCGUGUCCUGCAGUUGCUCUUAAUAAAGAUUUAACUUCAUUGUUUAUUCACAUCCAUUAACUUGUAAAAUAUAUGGAGCAGUCUCAUGAAAAGCUUCUCCGAGUGAAAACUAACGAUGCAGAUGUCCUCUGUGUCAUGGGUUCUGUGAAACUUCCGAUGAGGCAGAGCCAUCACAAACUGCACAGCAAAGUUGUUUCAAAUGCUACAUAUGUUCUCAAAUGGAAAAUUUGUUUGAUGCA